AUGUGUCGAGGCGAAAACGUCCAGUGCAAGGAGUGCUGCCGACUGAGCAGCCGAAUCGUCGAGCUCUGCAUCCGCGGCGAGCUGAUGGCGACCUGCCCCGAAACCGUCAUCGAGGGUGUCAGUUUAGAAAAAGAAUGCUGGCACGUUCUAAUGAAUACGACAGGAACGCUUGGAGGGCUUCCAAAGCGCAACCCAUACCGCAACCAGCCUAUCGGUCUCGGCGCUUGAAGUAUCAAAAUGAUGCUAGCAGCUAUUGUAGUCGUGAGAGAAAAGGCGACUUGUCUUCUUGACCAAGCUCUUUCGGCGAAUUGCAGCUGAGCAUGCAAAUUCUCGACUUCAUAACAGCCAGUUUCGCCCUAAGGAAACUAAUCACUUGCAUAACUGAAUGCGAGUCGAUAACCAUUGGGCCGACCAUAUACCUCUGAGGGACAGACCACGGGAUAGCAUGUGUUGGUGAUACUCAGAACAAAGCCUCACUCUUCAGCUAUGAAGAAAC